CGCUCGGUUCUUGCCUCGUGGCCCCGCCCCUUGUCGAAGUCGCUCGCCUUUUCUCGAAAGGCUUGCCUCCUUUUCGCGGAAGCUCCGAUUCUUGACGACACAUUUCCUGCCUUUUAGGGCCUAAAAUUUAGGCGAAAGCGGUACGGAGACUUUUAAAGCGAACUACAACUCCCCGUCGGUCCGGGAAUGUCUCAGGAGAACGACACAUGGAAAAAAGAGGUCCUGUGGGACGAGCUCGCCGCCAUCAGGCUGCAGAAGCUGGAACAGCAGCGGCGGCUAUUUGAGAAGAAGCAGCGGCGGAAACGCCAAGAUUUCCUCAUGGUUCAGGCCAAUCCUGACGCCUCCAUGCGGUCCAGCCGACCGCGCCUGAGGUCGGAGCGCCUCGCGGGGAACAGCGGCCUCCGGAACCCUUUCCUCCGGGAGAACGUGCCAGAAGCACAUCUGCACGCUGGUACCCACAGCGCCCAGGGCAUCAUGAGCUGUGGUGGCGAUGGCCGCCCCGAGCCCAGCCCCUUGGCAUCCCCGACGGAAGAAGACACGUCCUAUCCCGAGUUGGAGGAGGUCUUCGUGGAGGAUGUUCCCACCUUCCGCCCUCCUUUCAAAGGGCCCCCAAGGAUAAGACGCAGGGGUUGGAUACCCCACGGACGACGUGGGUCCAGUACAGAGGACGAUAGCGAAUCGCAGGAUGGUGGAGAUGACUGCGAGUCGCCUGGAAGGGAUGAUGAUGGGGGAAGUGGAGACCCCCUCGAGCUCCAACAGGGUGAGAGAUGGCACAGCCCAUCAAGACAGAGGAAGAGGAGGGUGGUGCUAAAACUCUGCAGCCCAAUCAGAGGCCCCUUUUACGGGUGGGUAGAACCUGUGCUGACAGCUCGCAGAGGCUCUGAGUGCCUCAUUGACCAUCUAGAGAGGGUUCAUUCACAGCACUUCCUUCUCGCUGGGCGCAAGAGAAAAAUGAGCACAACCUCUAAUUACCUAAUUUCCCUGGACCCCACAGACCUGUCCCGGGAUGGGCAGAGCUUUGUGGGCAAAGUCAGAUCUAAUGUCUUGGGCACCAAAUUCACCAUUUUCGACAACGGGGUGAAUCCUGAAAAAAAGUAUUUCAUCCCUGACACUGGCCGGAUCAGGGAGGAGCUGGGCGUUGUGUGUUAUGACACCAACGUCUUGGGAUUCCGAGGGCCCCGGAAAAUGUCUGUGAUCAUUCCAGGAGUUGAUGGCCAGAACAAGAGAAUCAGCGUCCAGCCACAAAAUGAGCGGGACUGCCUUAUGAGUCGCAUCCAACGGGGGGCCAACCAGGGGCUGGUCCUCCUGCAAAACAAAGCCCCAUCGUGGAGCUACGAGACUGGCGCCUACGUGCUGAAUUUUCACGGUCGAGUCACUCAGGCCUCGGUCAAGAACUUCCAGAUUGUGUAUCCGGAUGACCCCGACUACUUGGUGCUUCAGUUCGGCCGCGUGGCCCCGGACAUGUUCACCAUGGACUUCUGCUUCCCUCUUUGCCCACUUCAAGCCUUUGCUAUCUGCCUGUCCAGUUUCGAUGGGAAACUGGCGUGUGAGUAACCCAAUAAAGUAUAAUCCUCUCCA